CCUGCAGCGCAACAUCACGCUGCUCAACGGCGUGGCCAUCAUCGUGGGCACCAUCAUCGGCUCGGGCAUCUUCGUGACACCCACCGGCGUGCUCAAGGAGGCGGGCUCGCCCGGGCUGGCGCUGGUGGUGUGGGCCGUGUGUGGUGUCUUUUCGAUCGUGGGGGCGCUCUGUUAUGCCGAACUGGGGACCACCAUCUCCAAAUCGGGCGGCGACUAUGCCUACAUGCUCGAGGUCUACGGCUCGCUGCCCGCCUUCCUCAAGCUCUGGAUUGAGCUGCUCAUCAUCAGGCCCUCCUCGCAGUACAUCGUGGCGCUCGUCUUUGCCACCUACCUGCUCAAGCCGCUCUUCCCUUCCUGCCCCGUGCCCGAGGAGGCCGCCAAGCUCGUGGCCUGCCUCUGCGUGCUGCUUCUCACAGCCGUGAACUGUUACAGCGUGAAGGCUGCCACCCGGGUCCAGGAUGCUUUCGCUGCUGCCAAACUCCUAGCACUGGCCUUGAUCAUUCUGCUGGGCUUCAUCCAGAUCGGGAAGGGUGAUGUGUCCAAUCUGGAUCCCAAGUUCUCAUUUGAAGGCACGAAACUAGACGUGGGGAACAUAGUGUUGGCGUUGUACAGCGGCCUCUUUGCGUAUGGCGGAUGGAAUUACUUGAAUUUUGUCACAGAGGAGAUGAUCAACCCCUAUAGAAACCUGCCUCUGGCUAUUAUCAUCUCCCUCCCCAUAGUCACCCUGGUGUACGUGCUGACAAACCUGGCCUACUUCACUACACUGUCCACCGAGCAGAUGCUGACGUCAGAGGCGGUCGCCGUGGACUUUGGGAACUAUCACCUGGGCGUCAUGUCCUGGAUCAUCCCCGUCUUUGUGGGCCUGUCCUGCUUCGGCUCCGUCAACGGGUCCCUCUUCACGUCCUCCAGAUUGUUCUUUGUGGGGUCCAGGGAGGGCCACCUGCCCUCUGUACUCUCCAUGAUCCAUCCGCGGCUCCUGACGCCCAUGCCCUCCCUCCUGUUCACAUGCCUCAUGACCCUGCUAUACGCCUUCUCCAAUGAUAUCUUCUCCGUCAUCAACUUCUUCAGCUUCUUCAACUGGCUGUGUGUGGCCCUGGCCAUCAUUGGGAUGCUGUGGCUCCGCUACAAGAAGCCUGAGCUGGAGCGGCCCAUCAAGGUGAACCUGGCACUCCCCGUGUUCUUCACCCUGGCCUGCCUGUUCCUGAUUGUCGUCUCCUUCUGGAAGACCCCCGUGGAAUGUGGCAUUGGCUUUGCCAUAAUCCUCAGCGGCCUGCCGGUCUACUUCCUUGGAGUCUGGUGGAAAAACAAGCCCAAGUGGCUCCUCCAGGGCAUUUUUUCGACGACAGUCCUUUGCCAGAAGCUCUUGCAAGUUGUCCCCCAGGAGACAUAAGAGAGAAGAGCCAGGAAGAUGGCAGACGGAAACGCACAAAGAUCAUUUUAAAACAACUCACCCACCUAAAAAGCCACCCGUUCCGUCAUCCAGGCAGCUCAGCGAAGCGCCCGGCACCUUCCCUCCACCAGGUCGGGUGCCAGGGCCACUGUGAAAACUGGUACGAACUUAGUCCCAGAAGACGAACUUCUAUCAAUACCUCCUCAAGAGUGUGAGGCACGAAUGUUGAACUGAGAAGAGGCUGGGCCUUCUGACCGAUCGUGGACUUUUUGCCGUGUUGGGCCCUUGUCCUUUCCCACCUUUGUUUAUUUGUAUUAUUUUUUUAACUUAAAUUUUGGGUCAGGUUGACACCACCAAGAUGAUUAUUUUUUAAAGAAAUGGCGGAGAGGGCAGGUGGGGAAAAUCUUGUCCCUUAUCACUGCCAGCAGCAGGAUGUGCCUCAGGGACCAGGGCCUGUCGUUGGGUAUGACCCCCAGCGCCAGCUUCAGGCACAGUCUCGAGUUGGGAGGAAUUCUGAGAGCCGAACACUCCAGCUACCAAUAAGCUACUGAGACUUGGGCCUUGUAUGGAUAGCAGACUUGCACUGACAGAUGUGUGCUUGGCUUCCUUGUUUUUUUUGUUAAUAGAUGUAGUGACGUUGGGAAAACUAACCCUGAGGUAGAUCCAUCUCUCCCUGACCCCUAGAAAGAAGAGAAAGUCUCAGUGAAAUGGCUGUCUUUGGAGAGGUUUGUAGGAGAACCUAGGACUUGGGCUGAUUCUGAUGCCAGCCCCAGCUCCACAGAAAGAGCCAGUUCCUGUGCCUGGUGUUUGUGGCUGGUGGAGCUCCUGGUAGAGGUCACAGGCGUCUGGAUGAUCCUGGAGCUCCCACCAGACACGCAGAGCAGGGCCGGUUUCUGGGCUAGAACCUGGUCACUCAGGAUGCCAUGGGGCUCCUGACUGCUUCCUGCCCUGUAUGGCAGCCUGAGCAAAAGCACCAAGGCAGGAGGAUUUGGGCAUCUCCUGUGGGCAGGCAGUGGGCGGCACAUCAGGCCUAGCCUGCAGUUAAUGCUGCCUCCUGACCUGUUCUGCAUCUAGUUGGGGAGCCAACUCCGGUUCUCUCAGACAAAGCCCCAGGCUCGAGACCUAGAGAUUCGACAGGAAGGCAGAUGCUGAGACCCCUGAUGGGCUUCUCAUUCAGGUCCCCCAAGGCAGCCCCUCCCAGGGUCUGCAGAAUUGGCCUCGAUGGCUGGGUGGCAACCCCAAAAGGCUGUCGGGCUGGCUUCCAGCUCCUGGCCAGGGCACCAUCAUCCCCUCCCGCCGGUGACAUGGCCUAUCCCAGACUCGAUUCCAAUCAGCAGAAGAUGGAGCCAAGCCUUCCUCGCUGCUCCAACUCAGCACCUGCUCUGGAAGCCACCCUGACUCUCCAGUGUCUGGCUCCCAACAUAGCAUGCCUACCCUCCUCUCCAGACAGAUUGUGCUAGCAGGCUUUUGUCCUUGUGGCUCCCAUGGUAUUUUCCCCGAGGGAGCCAGCUGAGGCCCAGCUAGCACAUCUGGCCACCAGCUGGCUUUCCUGAGCUGUCACUAUAUCCAGGAAGCCAUCCUGGGGAGCACCAUCAGCUAAGGUCAGGUUGCCCUCCUCUAGGCCCCUGUCUCAGGUGCUGGGACCUCUGCUAAAGGUGGGUUGGGGGACUCAGUCUGAUUCUUGGGGCUGUGUUUCCCAACUCAGUCCAGCCCAGGGACCCACCUCAGAAGGCAGGGACUGUCUGGGGCUACAUCCGAGGUGCUUGCCUGCAGGACCCCGGGUCCUGCUAUGUUGGCAUCAGGGGAGACAGACUCUGCCCUUUCUGACCACUACUGACAAGUGUCCCAAGCGCUCACAUUUGUGGGGGUUAAUUUUUUUUUAACCAAACCCUGGCGUAACCAGCAAGCAUUUGUUCAGGUGUCCUGCUGUUCUACUUUGUCCUGAGGUCUCAAUAAUUAACGUAGGGGAUGCCGUCUGUGCCAUGUUUAUUUAUUUGCAGGGUCAGUUCAGCCCAGCUUCUCCGGCAUGUUUUUGCUGUCUUUGUGUCCCUGUCGGUGUCUCUUGCCACGUCGAUACUGUCACUGUGACAUUGUCAUCGGCCCGGCUGGAAGACCACCAUGUAAUGAUGUCUGUGGCUUCAAUGUCUCUUUCUCUCCUCGUAUUAAUGGCUAGUCUGUAACACUUGGCUGGUCAGGGGUGAGAGUUCUGGUUUUUUGAGGGGGGAUUGUUUUCAAA